AUGGCUGAGCCUGGGGAAGAAGGUCCAGGGUCUGAACCAGAAACUGAACCAAUUUCUCAAGAUGUGGAAGAACAGCAAACAGAAGAGGAUGGGCCAGUGGUCAUUGAUGACCUUGAAGAAAAAAAGCCAACCCAAGAGGAUAACAGUGAAUCAUAUGCACCAGAAGAAGACUACAGUUCAACAGAACCAAGAGAGGAGCCCAGCUCAACAGAACCAAUGGAGGAGCCCAGCUCAACAGAACCAAUGGAGGAGCCCAGUUCAACAGAACCAAUGGAGGAGCCCAGUUCAGCAGAAUCAAGAGAAGAGCAGAGCUCAAUGGAAUUGAGAGAGGAACCCAGCUCAACAGAACCUAUAGAUGAACCCAGUUCAGCAGAAUCAAGAGGGGAGCAAAGCUCAACAGAACCAGGAGAGGAGCCCAGUUCAACAGAAUCAAGAGGGGAGCAAAGCUCAACAGAACCAGGAGAGGAGCCCAGUUCAGCAGAAUCAAGAGGGGAGCAAAGCUCAACAGAACCAAUAGAGGAACCCAGUUCAGCAGAAUCAAGAGGGGAGCAAAGCUCAACAGAACCAGGAGAGAAUCAAAGCUCAACAGAACCAAGAGAGGAGCCCAGUUCAACAGAACCAAGAGAAGAGACAGUCAGUUCCACAGAGCCGCCCCAAAUUCCAGAUAUUUAUGAAGCCACUACAUCUUCAUUUCAAAUAGAAACAGCAGAUGAAGACUUCUUUAAAAAAUACAAAGAGAAAGUGGGAAACAUAGAACAAAUGCCAUUCAGUGACAGGAGUUAUUUUAUCCCAUCUUCAAGAGACAGGAGCUCUCUAGGAACACCAGAGGUACCAGACCAGGAGCAAUCAGCAACUGGUGUCAGAGCAGUUACUCCAUUGUUGGACACUAUUAAUUUCUUCAGCUCUUCUGGGGGAAUUGAUAUGGGGCAAAUAUCAGAAUCAGAGAUAAGUGAAGAGGUGGAAGAAGAAACUCAGUUGGUGGUUUUGGAUCCAGACCAUCCCUUGAUGAAAAGAUUCCAAACUGCACUGAAGAAUUAUCUAAAGAAACAGAUAGAUAAGCUGCAGUUGGAGAUCCGUGAGCUGACUGUGGCUACAAAGCAUGGCAAAACGCAGAGGGAGGAGCUUGGUGUACAACUCUAUGGCGUACAGCAGCAUUUGGCCCAGCUACAGAUGGAACUGGAGAAGAACCAUGAUCAGUAUUCUAUUCUCGAGGCCGAGAGGAGGCAGACAGAAGAAGAACUCCGAAACACAAGGACCCUCUACAACAAAACCAUUAUGUCUGCCAAGGAGGAACAGAAAAAAAUGGCUUCUCUACAGAGCGAGAUGGAGAGCUUGACAUUGCGUCUGUUCUACCUGCAGAAUAUAGACCAGGAUGUACGAGAUGAUAUCAGUGUAAUGAAACAGGUGGUGAAAAAGGCUGAAGUUGAGAAGCUGAAUGCAGAACUUGAGAAGAAAAAGCAGGACCUGUACGUGGACCGGCUCACUAGGAAUGCCAACCAGUUAGAAGAGCAUAUUGCUUUAUAUGAAGCUCAAUUAGCUGCCCAGUCUGAAGACACAAAAACAGUAAGACAAGCAGUGGGUGAGGCCUGCACGGAAAUAGACUCUAUCAACUUGGAGAAAAAACAACUGUUACAGAAUUGGUCAACCAGUUUGGUCGGAAUGAAACAUCGAGAUGAAGCCUACACUGCUAUCUUAGAAGCACUCAGGGACUCUAAGCAUCAAUCCAAAUCCCUGGAUGGUGAAAUUGAAGCUUAUAAGAAAUCGAUCAUGAAAGAGGAAGAAAGGAAUGAACUUCUGGCAAGCAUUUUAAACCGUGCUGAAAAUGACGCUAACGUUAACCAGAAGCUGAUCGGCCAGUCCAUGUCCAAGCAUGAAGCCCUGCAAAAGGAGUUUACCACCUAUACCCUCACAUUGCACAGUACUGAAGAAGCCUAUACUCGAGCCUAUUCGGAGCGGGCAGUAUGCACAAAUGAAUUGCAAACUAUCCAUCAAAACAUAGAAAAUGAGUUUGAACAGAAAAAAAACAAGGAGAAGAGCAUCCUAGAGAAGCUACAGGAUCAGAAGAUGUCUGGCAAGAUGACCAAAUAUUUCAGCCAUCUAGCGUCUAAGCUUCAGAAGAAAAAGACAGACAUGGUGACACAUCUUUCCAAAAUUGAUGGUGACAUUGCUCAGACUGCUCUUAAUAUCACAAAUACCAACAUCCGAAAAGAAGAAUAUCAAGCCACACUCACAGAGUUGGACAAGGAAGUGGAAAAAAUCAAUGACCUCAUCACCAACAGUGAAAGUGAAAUUGCUAGACGUACAAUACUGAUUGAGCGCAAGCAAGGGCUCAUUAAUGUGUUCAACAAGAGAAUAGAUCAAAUGAUUUCUGAAUUGGGGGGAGAAGAAUUGGGACCAGUUGAAUUGGAAAUUCGAAGAUUGAACAAGCUGAUAGAUGAAUACAACGCAACUCUUCUCCAGCAACAGAUGAAGUGGCUUCGACAACAGCAAGAUCUAGUCAAACUGACCCAUGAGAGAGAGGAUCAGUUGACCUCAGUGGACAUGUUUAAGAAACAGAUAACAAUCAUGGAACAGAAGAAGCUGCGGAUCGAGAAAAAGAUUGACCAGGAGAAGAGUGAUAUAAAGGAGAUUGAAUGUCAUAUGAAGGACAUGGACAAUGACCUGAAAAAAUUUAACACUUUGAUCUGCAAGAAUAGAUGCAGCACCGAGGAGUUACAACAGGGCAACCUGGUGACAGAGAAUGAAUUUGUUCGUUCACUCAAGGCAUCUGAGAGGGAAUCCAUUGAACUUCAAGAGAAGCUGGUCUACUUGAAUGAAGAGAAAAAGAACCUCCUGAAUAAAGUGGUAGAAGCAGAACACCAGAUUAUGCUUUGGGAAAAGAAAAUCCAACUGGCAAAAGAAAUGCGAGCUGCAGUGGAUUCAGAAACUGGCCAGGCUGAGAUCCGAACCAUGAGAGCUGAGAUCCAUAGGAUGCAGGUUAAACAUGCGCAACUAAAGAAGCAGCAAGAGAAAAUGAUUCGAGAAAUGGAAGCAGCCAUCACUCAUAGAGACUCCUUUGUGACUCGGGGAGAAGGUCAAAGCAAAAUUGACAAGAAACUACUUACCAGAACCAAUUUUCACCACCAACAAAUGGAGCUUAGGAAGAAAAUCAGAGAAACUCAGAAGUUCACAGAAGACUGCAAUCAAAGCAUCUCUGAGAUGGAAGAAACUCAGAAAUGCCUAAGUGAAUCUCUUACAGAAAAGCAGGAAAAGCUUGCUAACUUGCAGAAAGAGGCUGACCAACUUGACACUACUAUCAGUAAGCUCACAGAACUCAAGAGACAGAACUUUACAGAACUUGUAAUGCUUCAGAACCGUGUUAAGUAUCUCCAGGCUGUAAAGGAAGGAAAACAUGUCUGCCUGUUCCGAUCUAAACAAUCGCUACAGAAUGAAAGGAAGAAACAGGAAGACCGAAUGAACCUCAUAUGUAGCAUCAUUGACCACGUUACAAAAGAAUAUCCCCAUUUCCAAGCAGCACUCCAAAAGCUCAACCAGGCAAUGUCAACCAAACAAGAUUUACAUCUGCCUUCUUAGAGGACAGGGUGGGCUACAUUUCCUGAAGCCAGCAUGUCAGAGAGAAAAAUCUAUGAAUUCUCAACAAAAAGAACCACAUUUUAACUGUUUUUCUGUAAACAAAGACCAUACUUGCAUAGUGAGGGUAUAUUAAGAAAAAUGACCAGGACAAUACAGCAAGCUUUUACAAUAGCUCUAAAAAAAGCCAUAGUCAAGUAAUCUAUGAAUUUUUCACUCCUUUGAUUCCAAAUCUAUAUCCCCUGAAUACAAACUAAAAUGUCUAAGUUAUACAAAC